CCUAACACAUUCUCCUCUUUCUUUUCAAUUCUUUUGGCUUCUCUAUCAACACUAGCAAGAACUAGUCCAAGUACUGGUUUCCCCCCCCCCUCUGGAUCUGCAAGAAAAAUGAGCAACAUAAGCAUGGUGGAGUCGCAAUUGCCGCCGGGUUUUCGGUUCCAUCCGAGAGACGAAGAACUUGUUUGUGAUUAUUUGAUGAAGAAGGUGACUAAAAGUACUAUUCAACACAAUUCUGGCUCUCCUCCUCCUCCACCUCUAAUGGUAGAAGUUGAUCUCAACAAGUGCGAGCCUUGGGAUAUUCCAGACACGGCGUGUGUGGGAGGCAAGGAAUGGUAUUUCUACAGUCUGCGUGAUCGGAAAUACGCGACCGGAUCGAGAACUAAUCGUGCUACUACAUCCGGGUAUUGGAAGGCAACCGGGAAAGAUGGUCCGGUGCACCGGAAUAGAGUCAUGGUUGGUAUCAGAAAAACCCUAGUGUUCUACCAAGGUAGGGCUCCGAAAGGAAGAAAAACUGAUUGGGUCAUGCACGAGUACCGCCUUGCACGGCCUCUUGGUCAAGUUCCUCCCAACAAGGAAGAUUGGGUCUUGUGUAGGGUGUUCUAUAAAAGUAGGGAAGCUGCAGCUGCCAAACCAAGCAUGGGAAGCUUUUAUGACACAGCUUCUUCAUCUCUACCUCCAUUAAUGGACUCUAAUUACAUCACUUUUGACCAAACCCCAAACCACAAUUUGUAUCAAAAUCAUCAUGAGCAAGUGCCCUGCUUCUCCAUUUUUUCCCAAAAUCAAUUCACAAACAGGAAUAUGAUGACCACAUUUGGACAGCUACCUUUAACUACUACUACUACUUAUAGUUUAGACCAUAAUUUCUCUGGUGGUGACAAAGAGACCAUAAAAGCUGUUUUGAGUCAACUUUCUGAGAUGGAAACCAAAGGAUCACCAAGUCUUGGAGAAAUGAGUUCUACUUCAGAGAGCUACUUGUCUGAAAUGGGUAGCUCCAACAUAUGGAAUCAUUAUUGAUAUAUAUGUUGAUUGGCAAGCGCAAACCAUAGAAAGUUGCUUCACUAUAAUUUGGAGGUCGUGGAUUCGAUUCUUGAACACAAGCUCUCUCCGUGUCUACCGGGAUAAGGCUGUGUACAUCUUAUCAUUCUCUAAGGAGACUCUUAUGUACAUAAAUUAUUUUGUCUAUUUUUUGCCUCCAUCUUUUUUUCUUUUUUGUAUUGGGGCUCAAGAAUAUAUACAAUUUUGAGCUGAUGAAGAAAUUGUAGUUAAAGAAAUCACUUAUAAGUAAUUAGUACCUAAUUGUUAGU